UGGAAGCUCCGUAUAGGAGUUUUUCACAAAGGGCGCCGCAGUUGUCAGGGAAAGCUGUCAGCGUUCGAAACAUUCCUCAGAGACUUGGCAGUCACCAAUGAAAAUACCUGCUUUAUUUGUACAUGUCGGCGUUUCAAACCACCGGAUUUAUUACAAACUUUGACAACUUCUCUUGCUGUUUAUUUCACAAUUGCCAGGAGCGCUCAAACAGUGUGCGGGCUGGUUUGUGAAUGAUUAAAUACAAGUUUCCCUUCUUGGUUGUCAGGGCAACCUUCACUGACAAGCUGACGGCGGAGUACAACAGAAAGGCUAGCGGACUUGUUUUUAUUUGCUAAAAUUAUGCAUGCAGCCUGCAGACUGUUUAAUAGUUGAGACUCUUCUUGGGCUAUUCUAAGAAUACGCUCUAAUAAUCAUGACAACACUUCCAAGUGUUGCACCGAAAGCUGUCGAGAGUGAACCACGGGCAGGUGGUAACGAGCGCACACUAAGUUACCUAGGUCGACAAGAUGGAUGUGCGAAGCGAAACGGACCCGGGGUUCAGAAAUGGUCUGAUGGAUCCAAAUAUGAAGGGGAAUUUCUCAAAGAUUUAAAGCAUGGCUCUGGAACAUUCACCUGGGUAAACGGAGAGUUUUACCAGGGCACAUUCUACAAAGAUUAUCGUCAUGGCAAAGGAACGUAUACCUGGCCGGGAGGCCACAAGUUUGUUGGGAAGUUCUAUUUGAACAGAAAGGAGGGCUAUGGGCUGCAAGUCUUCCCUGACGGAUCCACAUUCCAGGGCCUGUACCGUGCCGACGAGCGCUUUGGUCCAGGGGUCAUGACCUACCCCGACGGCCGUCAGGACGUGGGCCUGUGGCACCGGGAGAGGCUCCUCCGCCUGUGCACCUCCCUGGAGGGGGGCUUCACCCUCCGUGACUUCCCCGAGCACUACAUGCCCCGCUCUGUCGCCAAGGCAGACCCCUGGAACCAGGAUCCAUACCACGCCCUCUCGAGCAAGGCUUUAGCCGGGGGUCUGUUGGGGUGCCAGGGCCCCUGGCCAGGCCCCGCUGGGUCCAGCACAGACCCCCUGCUCUUCCCCUACAAGGAGCUCUUGCGGGACGAGCGCUUCAUUCUGCCCCCAGACAUCGAGUGCUACUCCACGGACUCGGACCACCUGCCCAUCCCCUGGGGCCUGCGCAGGGAGCUGGACCACAUGUUCUUCGGAGAAAACUGCGAAGGGCCGGACACCGACCCGGCUGCCAUCGCUGCCCUUCCCCUGCAGCGGCGCAUGCAGGUCCACAUCCACAAGCACAGGUUCGAAGCAGAGGGGCGGGACUGGGACGUCCAGGCCGUCCUAUCAGAGAACAGGGAGCGCUUCGGCCCCAAGGGCCCUCUGGAGGUCCGCUCCGAGCGCCUCAUUCAGGAGGCGUUGCUAGGCAACCCCCAGAGCGUCUACCACAUCCUGAGAGACAAGAAGGUUCACCCCGAUGUGGGCGAUGCCCGAGGGCAUACUGCGCUCAUUGCUGCCACGAUAAACAGCCACAAGGAUGUCAUUCACCUGUUGCUGGACAGUGGAGCGGACGUCAACAAGCUGAACAGCGAGGGCAUGUCUGCCCUGGCCGUGUGUCACAUCCUCUACUACCCCAUCCAGACGCUGCACCGCACCGUGGCUGAGAGGGACCCCCUGAGGCCUCCGCUCAAAUCCCAGGUAAACAAGUUGCAGUCCUGGUCCCAGGGCUGCCCAGUGGAGAGAAGAACCCUCCCAGACAAGACCCCAGAACCCAGAUCCAAGACCGGAACACCACAGGAUCACCAGGACCGACAGGCUGUCGGCAGAAGUCCGGAUGACCACAACCACCAGGACCGUGCUGAGGAUGAGCAUGCAGGCCAGGAUGAGGAUGCUCCUGGACCAGGGAAAGGUCCGGAGAGCGAAGGGUCUGGAGAGAUAGACCAGAGCUUCGAUAGUGACCAAUAUGAGAAGGAUAGCCAGGAUUCACCGGACACUAGCGUCAUGGAGGAGACAGAGGAGACAGAGGAUGAGGAGGAGAGCGAGGCGGUGGGGCAUGGAGAGGAGGGUGAGGAGCGAGGGAUGAGGCAGACGGGAGAGGAGGAAGGGGAGGAGGAGGGAGGGGAGAGCGAGGAGAACACCGUUCAGGUUCUGGAUGGAGUCAUGCCUGUGGGCUCCGUGUCCUGGAGUGAGGGGGCCAGGUCCCUGGAGGUCGGGGGGAGCCAGGGAGCCAGCAUGACUGAGCAGCAGACCUUCAACUCGGCCCGCUCGGUCGCCAGUUUCCCCAUCCUGGUCUCGGAGGAAGUGAUGCAGCAGACUGCCGAGGCCUUGAGCCGGACAGGCCUGGUGUCGUCGGUUGAUAUGGAUCCUCGGGAGACAGUCCACAAGAUGGCGCUGAUCAAGGCAGAGCACCGAGCCCGCUGGGCUACCAUGACGCUGCUGCUGGACCGGGGGGCGGACCCCAAUGCCUCCAGAGUCCCAAUGCCCGUCCUGUUUCUGGCCACCAAGGCAGGCGACAUCGAUGGUGUUCGUAGGCUUUUAGAGUGUGGAGCACGCACUGACUUAGCCCUGCCCUCAGAGCAAAACGGCCUGUACCCGCUGCACAUCGCCGCGGCGUUGCCGGGGGCGGAGGGUCCCAGGAUCACCGAGCUGCUGCUCCACGCCGUGGCCAACCCCGACGUCCGAGCCCAGGACGAACACGAGGUCUUCCACCUGGACAAGAACACAGUGGAGCCUCUGGCUGGGUUUGGGAACAAGUCCGUCAUCUCCUCCAGCCUCCCCUCCUAUUUCCACUCCACCUCCAGGGAACCCCCUGCCGAAGGGGGCAGGACGGCCCUCCAUGUGGCCUGUCAGAGGGACAGCGACUACACCAACGCCAGAGAGGUGGUGUCUCUGCUCCUGUCGCACAAGGCCAGCAGCAGCCUGCUCUGGAGCGGCCACUCCCCACUCUCCCUGGCCAUCGCCAGCGGCAACGACCUGGCCCUGGAUGAGCUGCUGGCUGGGGGGGCAGACCCAAACCUACCCCUCACCCGCAGGGUGGGCAGUGCCCUGUGUGCCAUGACCAACAUCCACUACGACUGUGGAGCUCAUCCCCGCAACAGAACCAAGCUGCUGGAGAAGCUGAUGAAGGCAGGUGCCAACAUCAUGAUGCCCGUGGUAGUGGGCGAGGGCCGCAGGUUAGCCGUGGGCACCGCCGUGGACUACGCCCACUACACGUUCCAACAGGACUGGCGCAUCGCCCACACUCCGUACCACGCCCUGAACCCUCGCGAGCGCGAGGCCUACAACGCCCGGAGACAGACGCUGAGCCUGAUGGGAGAUCUGCUGAGGCAGGCCGUGGUGCGGCUGGAGCGCCAACGCCUCGACAGGGAAGGUGUCAGUCCAACAGAUGUGUUUGUGUACCCUGGAGCAGGUGUCUCAGUCUCCCAGUUCAGGGCUGGCAGAAUGGAGGAGCAGUCCAGCACAGACUCCAUACAGGCCGAAGACUACAGGCUGUCCACGAGGAGAGACAGCAGAACGCAGAACGUCAGGAAGUGUCUGUUCAAGUACUGCUACCAGUGCGGGCGCUCGGUGGGCGUGGCUUUGGCGGCCUGCAGCCGCUGCCACGAGGUGUUCUACUGCAGCAAGACCUGCAAGAUGAAGGCGUGGAACGAACGGCACAAGGAGGAGUGUGUCCGCGUGUCAGGCAACAAACGCCUGAGCCUGGCGCAGAAAGUUCUGGAGACACACAAGGACCUGAAGGAGAACUACAGCUUCAUUUAAUCCACC